GUUUUGUUAUGUUGAGUUGGCACGGCUUGCGACCCCCCCGAACUUGCAUGGUGUCCUUGGCUGCAGACGGAGACCCGGCAGUGUCUUUCCUGUAUUUUUAUCAGGAGUCCGCCCGUCAAGCGUAGAAGUGUUUGCCUUUUAUUUUGUUUGGACUCCCGAGCAAUCUUGUCAGCCUUUUCAUUUUUCC